UGCCCGGUAGUUUUGCGCGCUCUUGUGGCGACAGUCUGUCACGGUGUUCGAAAAUUCGCUCCAGAAAGCGUUUAGACUCAAAGAAAUUCCCUUUUAUCGUCUCAAUUCGGCUUCAAAAAUUCUCUCAGAGUCUCUCCGUCACUUUGACGUUAUUCUAAACGAAAGUCCUUAUUAUCGCUUCAGUAAAAUUUCCUGAGGGGAUUCGGACCGUUACUGCAUCCGGGACUCUGGCGUCCCUGGAUACAGCGGUGCGCUCAGUGUAAACAAGCGAAACACUCCUCCAGAGAGACGUUCCCCGUGUGAGAGACCGAUUUACCUGUAAUAUAUAUAUCCAGGCAUGGUUUAUUGGAGAUAGUAGGUAUUCACAUACUGUAAGUGCGUGUAAAUGUGCUGCAGUGUCUGAUAUGGAGGUUUCUGCGGGUGAUGUGUGUCGGACCCUGGAGAUCAUCACAGCACGAGCGGAUCCACAGGUUUCUGAGGAGGAGAGCAGCGGCUGUUCGGCGGAGAAACUGCUCACUGAUCAAGUGUCUGUGGACCGGAUGGACAUCACAAAGGGGUUUCUGGACGAUAUCUCUCGGCCGGCCUCCAGUGAGAUCAGAAGAUUGAGUCGAGAUGGGCCCAGAUCUCUGGAGGUGCUCAGUCCUGACGUCACACACGCCGAGCAGGUUCACCGGGACACGACUGAUCUUACCGCAGAAAACAGCUCUGAUCAAGAAGAGUCCGAUGAAGAGAAUGAAGAUCCGGAGUUGAGAGAAGCCAUAAAGAAGAUGAAGAGGCUGGACCGUGUUCUGGCUCUCAAGGCGUCAGCGGAGAGAGAGGUGAAGCAGAGAGGAAGACAGCAGCACCAGAGACUGUGGCAGGAGCUCCAGACCGCCGGUCUCAGGAUGAGCAGCAACGAGACGGACAACACCAGACGCUUUCUAGCACUGACACCCGACAACUAUCAGGACUGUGAUGAAGUGGAUCGUGUCCCUGUGUUUGAGACUGAAGUCCUGGAUCUGAAGAGUGAUCUGAACACCAGACACGAGACGGACGGGCAGGAUCAGCCGUCAGACGACAGACAGCGAGGAGCGGCUCACAGCAAGCACAAGCAAGACUUUGUCAGGAGAAAUAUUGAGCUGGCAGAAGCAUGGGGGAACUCGUUCCUGCUCACGCAACAGGAGAAAGAGAGAAUAGAGGAACUGCUGAAAGAUGUGGAGGAAGAAGAGAACCACAGCGAGCUGCAGACGGAAGCACAGGUGGUCUCGUCGUCUCUAUCAGCUGGUGAAGGUUUCGCUCCUGAACCUUCUGAGCUCCACAGUCUCCGUCAUAUUGACUCCAGGCUGGAGCUGCUACUUCCUGUGCAGGACUUCCUGUCUGUGCGGAGCCCGUCGCAG